GAUACAUGGCACCGUGUCUAUCCAUCAUCAAGCUCGCGAACCGAGAUCAUGAGUCAAUUGGCCUUCGGGCGACAUCUCGCGGCGCGCGUCGUCUUCUCUGGUAUCCAACCUACUGGUGUUCCACACAUUGGCAAUUAUAUCGGGGCCUUGAAACAAUGGGUUGACCUUCAACGGGACGAAGCAAGCAGCACGAAGCUUAUGUACUGUGUGGUUGAUCUCCACGCGAUCACUACAAAACAAGAUCCUGUUCAGUUGCGUCUUCGGAAACGUGAGGUUCUAGCCUCAUUGCUUGCAGUUGGCAUUGACCCAGAUAGGUCAACUGUGUUCUACCAGUCCUCUGUGAGUCUUGGCUCACCCAUUUUAUGAUUACUUCUCCAUCUAACAAGUGCCAAGGUUCCUGCUCAUUCAGAGCUCAUGUGGAUUCUUGCGUGCACCGCGUCGGUUGGAUAUCUUUCUAGAAUGACACAAUGGAAGACGAAACUCAAUAUAUCAGGGGUCUCUGGUCUUUCAGAUAAGAGCGUUGGAACUAAUCUGAAGCUGGGACUGUUUUCCUAUCCUGUCUUACAGGCAGCUGAUAUCCUCGUUCACAGGGCUACACAUGUUCCUGUAGGGGACGACCAAAAGCAGCAUCUGGAAUUUGCCAGAGAAUGUGUAACGAAUUUCAACAGUGCAUAUGGGGAUCAUCUCGUACAUCCCGAAACCAUCACCCCGCCGGCAAAGCGAGUGAUGUCACUGGCCCAACCUACGACAAAGAUGUCCAAAUCUCACAAGAGUGAUCGCUCUCGUAUACUGCUGAGUGAUUCACCACAGGAAAUUCGUACCAAGAUCUCUUAUGCUUUAACGGACUCUUUGCCCGGGAUAUCAUACGAUCCCAAAGAACGCCCUGGUAUCUCUAAUCUCUUGGAAAUAUGCUCCAUUUUUGACGCAGCUGGACGGGACGUCAACAACUUAGCAAACGAGUGUGCUGAUAUGCAACCUCGGGUAUUUAAAGAGUUUGUUUCUGACACCAUUAUAUCUGGUCUGGAUGGGGUACGGGAUCGGUACUUGGAUCUGAUGAAGCGCUCAGAUAACUACUUGGCGAAAGUAGAGGAGCACGGCGCUGAGAGAGCCCGUCAAAGUGCACAAGAAACUAUGGACAUUGUAAAGUCAGCCAUCGGGUUUUAAGAUGAGUGUAUUAGUGGUAUCAGCCAUUGUAUUAUUAUUGUAUAACUAGAUAGAAUCCAGUAGAGACAUUAUGAUCUCAUGAAGCAUAUG